AUGAUAUUCAUGGUGGAAGGUGUAGCUGAGCCUCCAUAUGGGCAAGACUUCAAGGCUAUGCUGUCAGCGGAAAAUGACAUGAGGGAGCGCCGAAGUGCAGUUCAGGAUUGCUUGGGAUUGGAUGAACUACCUCUCACCAUCCCCAUGUUUCCACGACUAGGAGCAGGAAACUUCACCAGCACUGAGACCAUUAGCAGCAAAAGACUAUACUCGCACGUCAUGUCCGAAGACCUGUUUAGCCAUUUUGAACGAUCCAAAGUGAUGUCCGACAAUUUGCGAGGCCGAAGAGGUACUAUUGCCGGCGCAAACAUCCCGAUAUUUCGCGAUGUAAACACACCUUGGCCGUGGAAAGAUGAAUCUGUGAAUUGGACACAUAGCAAGGAGGAAACACCACUCCCAUUUCCUACGCCCGCCCCCAACUGCGUGUAUGUCGACCAUUUCUCGUGGAGUGGCGGGGCUUGUGGGUUGCAGGCGACUUUUCAAGCAAAGAACAUGGAGGAAGCACGAUCACUACAUGAUCAACUAUGCCCGCUGAGUGCGCUCAUGUUGGCCCUCACCGCAGGAAGUCCUUGCUACAAAGGCUAUUUGGUCGACACAGAUUCUCGCUGGCAUGUCACCAAUGCGUUGAAUGAUGAUCGCUCGAUGAGCGAAAUACUGAGCCACGGACUAGACGAGAAUGCGACCGCUGCGCAGAUGCGAUGGUCAUUCAGCCCAUUGUACGCCGGACAUGGCCAUUGUUCCGUUGAAGAUUACCAAUCCUACAGCAGUGGAAACCCCGAUGAUCAAGCCGUUCUAGAGAAAUCCGGCAUGGAUCCUGAUCUCGCUCGAUUCUUCACCCACAUGCUCAAAUACGACCACUUGGUCGUUGACCCGAAACAUCUCGAGCCCGAAUCAGCGUCAGAUACAUACCAUUUCCGCGCUCUCAUAGGCAGUCUCUGGCCGGAUAUCCGCUUCAAACCCCCGCCAGAUGGAAGUGAUAUCGGAUGGCGUGUGGAAUUCCGCCCCAUGGAGGUUCAAAUGACUGAUUUCGAGAAUGCCGCCUUCGUUGUAUUCAUGGCCCUGAUGCGUCGUGCAAUCUCAUACUUCGAUUUGAAUUUUUAUAUUCCCAUGAGCCUUGUCGCUGAAAAUAUGCGUCGGGCUGUGAUGAGAGACGCUGUCAACCAGAACAAGUUCUGGUUUAGGGAAGUCGUUCGUCCAGAAGAGGCCUCUGCAGGCUCGCCUUCAUCCGGUAACGACACAGACGACUCCAAUGCAUCUGCUGGCUAUAGAGAGAUGUCCUUGAAGGAAAUCAUGUGUGGAUCUGAUCCAGAUGCGUGGGGCUCUUCUCUGGAAGGUGGAGCUCCUUUCCCUGGACUGAUCUACUUGGUUCACUCCAUGCUGGAUGCUGUGAAUGUGGACAGCGAAACCAGAGCUGUUCUCGACGGCUAUUUGGAAUUUGUGGCGAAGAGAGCGUCCGGGGAUCUGUGGACGACAGCAAAGUGGAUGAGACACUUUGUACAAACGCAUGAGAAUUAUAAAGCGGACAGUGUGGUAUCGGAGGAUAUUUGUUAUGACUUAAUGUGUGCCAUUGAGGAUGUGACACUGGGUAGGGCGUGUGGUCCUACCGUCUAG